UUACAUUCAUAUUCCCACCCCUAAAUGCAUGUUGUUUGAGGUUUGCUUUUAGUGCAUUUUAUAGCCGCACUUCAUGCAGGAUAGUUCCAUCAUUUACAUGAUCACACACAUGGUGAAAGAGGGAGUUUGUGUAACAAAAGGCAGUAAAGCCUGAGAGAAGAACAAUAUAGGCCACAGGGAAGGGAAAGCGAGAGAGAGAGGUGAGAGGCCAGCUCCUACUGACACUAGUAUUUCAUUAACUGAUUUUACAGUUUUGUGUGGGUCCCAGUUCCACGGUGAGAGAUUUUACAGAAGGAGCGAGCGGUAAAAGAGGGAGAGUGCGAAGGAGGUUAGGUUGACUACAAACAGAACCCAUGGAGGGAAGGAGAGUAGCGUCAGGUGAGGUUAUGAGUAAUAGUUUUUCUAGGCAUUCGAGUGAAUCGAAUGGGAGUGGGACCUUGUGAGACUUCCUUCAACUGCCUCCGUUGGCUGUACCAGUUUUUCAAGUCCUGUUUUUUCCACGUCACAACAUUCUGUUCUAGGUGACCAAUGGACUGGCGGAGAGAGAGAGAGAGAAAACGAAUUAUCAGAAUAAGAGGCACAGUAAAAGUGGAGGACAGAAAGGGCAAAGAGAUUUGUGUGAAAGAGACAGUCGAGUGAAGUUUAGAAUAUGAGCGGGUCAAUUGAGUGUCUUUGGAUGCACUCGAAUAGGUUUUGGAGUGGUUCCUUCAUCGGUUGUUAGUUACCAGUGUUAUGUGGCAGCUUGGUGGGGGAUAGCUGAAAACUAUUCAAAGUAUUUUAUUACAACUUGCAGAACAAGGGGACUCAACUCUGGCAGGUUUUUUCCCAUCAGCACUGCUGACACUUGUAGGCGUCCUAUUAAUUGUCCUAUUAAUUUUUUGUUAGUGUCUAGGAGGAUCCAAGGACCUCUGCCUUUUGAUACUGUGCCUAAUUGCCUUCGGACACUUUUGAGGACUGUUUUUGGAGGAGAAUUGAUUAUGGCCAGUUCCCUGUACUUUAUCCUUCCGGCCCUAGGGGGCUACACCCUGACGUCGCUCUACCUGUUGAAGAACCCUCAGAUCCUCCACAAGAAGAAACGGGCUGCCUUCCACUGCACCCACAUCUCACACAGAGGAGGAAGUGGCGAGAGGAUAGAGAGCACCAUGGAGGCCUUCACACAUGCAGUGGAGCAGGGUACAGGAAUGCUGGAACUGGACUGUCACCUGACCCGGGAUGGUCAUGUGGUCGUGUCACAUGAUGAAAACCUCCUGAGGCAGACCGGCCAUGAUGUCACCAUCUCCUCCCUAAACCUAGAGGAGUUACCCCUGCAAAAGGACAGACUGGAGGUCACAUUUUAUGCAGGCCACUACAGCACCGGUACAGACAGGAAGUUCACCCUGUUGGAGGAAGUGUUCAGGAAGUUUCCUAAGAUGCCAGUCAACAUCGAGAUCAAAGAGGACAACAGCUUGCUGAUGGAGAAAGUGUCCAACAUGGUGAAACAGUAUGAUAGAGAGAACCUCACAGUGUGGGCGACUGUAGACUCUACCAUUAUGAAAAAGUGCCGCAGAACUAACUCCACCAUGCCCUAUAGUUUCAGCAUGAGACGAGGGCUACAGCUGCUCCUCCUUUACUACAGCGGCCUGCUGCCCUUUGUACCGCUGGGGGAGAGCUUCUUGCAGUUCUACCUCCCCCGCAUUAUCAACAGGACAUAUAUUCCUGAGGAGCGUCUUCUGAAGAACAGAAUGGUCAUCUAUCUGAUAGAGAAAUUAACGAUGAAGAAGAGUCUAUUCAAACAUCUGGCCAACAGAGGAAUUCAGGUGCACCUGUUCGUCUGCAAUGAGGAUCCGGACAUCGAGGCGGCGUUCGAAGCAGGAGCCACAGGCGUCAUGACAGACUACCCCACCCUCCUGACUGACUACCUACACAGACACAGGAGUCAAGACUGACAGCCCAAACCUCCAAUCACACUACUGAUUCACAAACAGGGUUCUUAACUGAUAGCUCAAGCUACCUAUCAAGAGACCACCACUCGUACGUUGUUUAUCACUGAAAUAAAUCACACUUAAAUCGCAAUUUUCCUUCACAACUCCGGUCUCCACCAAUGAGCAAAAGGACAGCUCUGUAAGGAAGUUGCCUGAAAAGCACAGAUCCAAGACCAGCGUACCUUUCACAAAUCCCAACCUUGAUCAAUAGAGGGAAAAACACUAAACCAAUCUCUGAUCAAUGUCUUUAGGCAACUUCAUUCCAUCUACACAAAAAGAUGUCACUUACACUUACUGCCUUUUGGUUAAUGGAUUGUGAUCAUAUAUUGACACUGUUCACCUCUCUCUGCAAUCUCUCUGCAACCUUCCCAAACCCUAAUGGAUCUAUCAGUGGCCAUCUGGAUGUUGUUGGGGGAAAAGGGAUUUCUUUAAGUCUAUAUCCUUGACGGUUUCCCAUGGUAUUAUGACGUUUACAUAAUGGAACUGACUUUUGGGGUCUUUAUGACAGCCUAUACAAAUUAUAUGUUUAUCAAUGCAAAGAUGAUUUAAAUACAUACUUGUAUAGUUUUAAGUGUUCUCAAGACCAGCCUCCAUUUGUUUAUACCACUGGAAAAUAACGGCUUCCUAAACACAUACACACACACAGUAUUUAUGUAUUUACUUGUUUCACUUCCUCAUUCUCUCGGCCCAGGAAAUGAUCAAAGUCCGCUCAUAUUUCUUAACAAUAAUCUACCAGCCAGGUCUCAGUGGGAAACCAAGGCUGCACUUUCCUGACCUGGUUCUCUGUGUGUUGCAUGCAGUAUAACAAAUAGGUUAACGGAAUAAGUGGAUUAAUGGAAUAAGUGGAUAAAUUUCAUACACAACUCUUUAGUGACAUGGUAAAAGAUUAUGAAGACCUUGUCCUUUAGACUUCGGAGAAAUAGGGCUUCUGUGACGCACACAGCGGCCACAAUGAAUAAGAGUUGGAAACACAGGGCACUGGACUGGUUCAUCUAAAUCUAGAUAAGAAUAUCAGACUUGAGCGUUAAGUACAAGUCAGACCUUUAGCUAAUGUAAUUUUCUAAUAAUGUAAUAAAGUUUAAGAUGUACA